GCGCCAUUAUCUACUCUUUUCUCUGCUGCUUCGUUUGUCCAGCCAAUUCUUUCUACUUAUAAGCCUGCCCAACACAACCAUGCUCCGCGCUACCAGCCUCGUCACCAUUGCUGCCCUCGCCCUCGCCGCCAACGGCCAGUCGUGCCAGGGCAACGCUGCGUCGUGCCUGGAUGGCAACGACUCCGUCAUCCUGCGUUGCAACGGCGGCGCGUGGACUACUGCCAACUGCCCGGCAAACCAGGGCUGCAUGACCAUGGGCCCAGGAAUGAUCCACUGCAUGCUGCGCUCCGACCCCACGCCAACGGCUGCUGCCUCGGGCGACGCUUCUGCUGCCUCGCCGGCUGCUACUAGCGCCGCAGAGUCGUCGAUGGACAUGAGUGACAUGCACAAGGAGGAGAGCUCGGGUGCUGCCAAGUCGUCGGCCGCCAAUUCUUCGGCCACCAAGUCGAACUCGACCAACGGUGCGGUCAGCAUGAAGGUUGCCGCCGCCCUGGGCUUUGCCGUUGCUGGUGUCGCCGCCAUGUUCUAAGGGCUUUUUUUUAGCUUUUAUUUCUAUAAUGCUGAAUGCUAAUUCUAGCUUUACUGCUGACAGAGGCAC